CCUCUCACCAGCUCGGUCACUAUGCGGGCCCAACUUCUACCCAUUCUCUUCGCCUCUUCGCUCUACCUGACCCCGACAGUAUCUUCUCCGUUUGUCUACCACCGCCGUCCCCAAUUCCAACAAUACCUGGGACCCGAUACCCAGGAGAAUCCGCCCAAGCCAUCUGAGCCCUAUGACUAUGUCGUGGUGGGCGGCGGCGUAACCGGCCUCAUCGCGGCGGCCCGUCUGGCCGAGUUUUAUGAUGUGGCCGUCAUCGAGCGCGGUGGGUACUAUGAAAAACUGGCGCGCGAUCGGAGUGAAAUCCCCGCAUACGACGAGGACUGGGACAAUCCGCCCGAGGACUUGACGGAGCACUGGUGGGAGGUACCUCCUACUCCGGAAACCAACGGACGCACUUUGAACUUUACCAGCGGGAAGAUGGUUGGGGGAAGUCAUGACUUCUCCUACUUUGGAUACCUUCGCCCCAGCGUCGGCUCUCUCCAGAAAUGGGCCGACGAGGUCGAUGACCAGUCCUGGACGUAUCAAGAAACCGAGAAGUACUUCGACAAGUCGGUCUUUUUCACGCCCCCCAAUAGCACCUCUCGCUGGGCCAACGCUACGCCCGAGUAUGAUCCGUCCAGUCUGCAGGGUACUGGCCCCCUAGAAGUCACCUUUCCCAGGUGGGCACACCCCUUCGGCACAUGGGUCCGUAAGAGCUUGGAUGCUAUGGGAGUUUCUCACGCCCUGAGCUUUGCAACCGGUGAACUCUUCGGCUCCAGCUGGGUCUUGGACCUCAUCAACAGUACCGACGGCAAGCGCGCAACGACCUGGACCGCCUAUGUGAAGGAUAAGCCACAUAAGAAGAAGCUCGACCUAUUCACUUAUACUCUAGCAGAAAAAGUCCUCUUUGAUGGUAAGACCGCGACAGGGGUCGCAGUCACCCGGAGCGUGCCUGAACAGGCAAAAGAGCAAUUCACCAUCAAGGCGAAGAACGAGGUGGUCCUGGCAGGAGGUGCUAUCCUGUCACCCCAGCUGCUGAUGGUCUCCGGAGUAGGACCGGCUGAUGAGCUGAAGAAGUUCGAUAUCACGCCUGUCCUUGACAGCCCGAGCGUUGGGCAACACAUGCAGGAUCACAUCGUCGUGACGGUCACCUACAAGGUGAAAGUGCCCACUACAUCCGUCCUGCUGAAUAAAGGUAUCAGCGAGGAGAAUAUGGACCUGUUCAGGAACAACGAGAGCGGCUUGCUGUUCAACCCAGGCCCCGAUUUUGGACUGGGUUUUGACAUUCCCAAGGAACUGCGUAAUUUCUCCAGGGAAGCCAGAGAGGAUCUGGGAAGCUUUCCCAAAGAUUGGCCGGAGGCUGUUAUGGUUUCCUUCCCCAUGGGAAAAAGUUGGCCCAAUGACGGCAACUACGCCUCGCUCGCGUCUAUUCCCAUGACCGUCGUGUCCCGCGGCAAUGUCACCCUAACUUCCUCUAAGAUGACGGACAAAGUUCUUGUCAGGCCUGGCUGGCUGACGAGUCACACGGACCUGGAGGUCGCCGUCGGGGCCGUCAAGUAUAUGCGCACCAUCUUUGAAAAUCCAGCCAUGGCGGACAUCCUUGCAAGCGAUGAGAUUUCCCCAGGCGUCGAGGCUGUCACUUGGACCGAGCUGGAGGAUACAGUGAGGUCGGCGUACCGGUCGAUGCAUCACGCCGGUUGUACUCUGCGGAUGGGGAGGAAGGAUGAUCCCAAAGCAGUGGUGGAUCCCACUGGCAAGGUGAUCGGGUUGAACAAUGUGAGAGUUGUGGAUGUUUCAGUCUUCCCUUUCUUGCCCCCCGCUUUGCCUCUCGCUACUGCCUUCAUGGUCGCCGAGAAAAUCUCAGACCACGCUAUCACCGAGCAGCAGAGUAAAGACCGCCACGACGAACUUCGUUUCGACCUGUAGGUUAAGUUUGGUUGGAGAUGCGGGCCCUGAACGAGUCUUUUCCCCAACUCCGAUGAGAACGCGGACCGCCACGAAAGUAGUGAAACUUGAGCCACAGGAGGAGACAUGGAGUUGUGAAAGACCAUACUCAACUAGUAAAUAGGAACAGAGGGCUAGCUUCGGUGGAAGUGGCCAAAUAUCACCUCUCGCAAGCG